AUGGCAGUUAAUGGAAGCUUUUCUUUGGAUUUCUGUCUUUCUUUCUUUCUCUAUCUCUCUCUCUCUUUACUAUUUCUGUCUCCUUGUCUUUAUCUUCUUUUCUUUCUUACCAUCUCCAUAUCUCAGCCUUUAUAUCUAUUUUUUAGGCUAUCUUUAUUUCUUUCUAUGUCACUUUCUCCUCAUAUCUCUAAUGCUGUCUAUGCUUAUAAUUUUCUCUUUUUCCUGUUUUCUCUAUCUCACUUUCUUCUUUUUACUUUCUGUUUCCUUCUUUUUCUCUCUCUCUCUCUCUCUUGUCUUCUCUUUCUCUUAUUCAUUUUCCUUUUUCUCUUUGUUUCUAUUUCUCUACUUCUCUUCCUUUCUUUUUUAUGUUUCUCUUUUCCUUUAUCUCUUAAUCUCUCUCCUUUUUCCAUCUCUUCCCACCUCUCCUUCAGCUUCUACUUCUUCUCUCUUUCUCUCUUUACAUUUCCCCCUCUACCUCUCCUUCCACUUUUCCAUUUCUUUCUCUCCAUCUGUCCCUCUCUCCUUCUAUCACUCUCUCUCUGUCUUUUUCUUUUCUCCAUCUCUUCUUUUCUCCGUCUUUCCUUCUCUUCUUUUCUCCGUCUUUCCUUCUCUUCUUUUCUCCAUCUCUCCUUCUCUUCUUUUCUCCAUCUCUCCUUUUCUCCAUCUCUCCUCUUCUUUUCUCCAUCUCUCCUUUUUUUCUCCUUCUCCUCUUUUCUCUAUUUUUCUCUCUCCUCUUUUCUCUCUUUCUCUCCUGAAAAAAAAAAGCCACAGCAAUGUGCUGAAUAUUCGUAUAUUUCUUCUCUUCAACUUUUAAGAUAUGUAUACAGAAGACCUCGGAGGUUAUUACUAAGAAGAGGUAGUCAAGCUUUAGAUGGUUCAGCAGUAGGUUUUGUGUUUUCCAGCAGCCCUUUGUGGAGAAACCAACAAAUCACUAGCACACAGCUUGCACAGCAAUUCCUCUAUUUUAGUUCUCUGAGCAGAAAACACAGCAAACCACAAGGAUUAUCUUUAGUUGCUGAUGUUCGUGGAUCGACAAGUUCUACUGUGAACACUCUUUUGGAAGCAUUGCACUUGUUUCAAACAAAUAGUGAACAGGAUUUACAAGCAGUUUACCUUUUGGUUAACCAAGAAGAUCAAUCUCUCAUCAAAGGCUCUCCCCUCUAUGAUAUUCAUGGACCUCUAAAGAUCAACCUGUUGCUCUCAUUAGAGAUGCUCCAGUCUUACAUUGCAAUGGACCAGCUGCCACAAGCCUUUGAUGGUCAGUUAGAGUAUAGCCACGAAAGUUGGGUACGAUUUCACAUGAAUUUUUGUUUUUUCAUAACCUUUUCUUAUUCCUUUUAUUUAUUGUCUUUUUCUUAUUCCCUUCAUUUUAAUCACUUUUUAUUUUUUCAUUUCUCAUACUUGUUUUUUGUACUUUCUCUUUUUAUUUUUUUUUUGUUACCCUCUUUUUUCUCAUUCCUUUUUGUUAUGCUUUCUUUUUUUAUUCUUUUUUGUUACUCACUCAUUUUCUCAUUCCUUUUCAUUGCACUCUCUCUUUUUCAUUCCUUUUUGUUGCAUUCUCUCUUUUUCAUUUCUUUUCAUUGCACUCUCUCUUUUUUCAUUCCUUUUUGUUGCACUCUCUCUUUUUCAUUCCUUUUCGUUGCACUCUCUCUUUUUUCAUUCCUUUUCUUGCACUUUUUUUUCAUUCCUUUUUUACUUCUUUUUUCAUUCUUUUUGCAUUCCUUUUUCAUUCACCUUGCUCUCUUUUUUCAUUCCUUUUCGUUGCACUCUCUCUUUUUCAUUCCUUUUUGUUGCACUCUCUCUUUUUUCAUUCCUUUUUGUUGCACUCUCUCUUUUUUCAUUCCUUUUUGUUGCACUCUCUCUUUUUUCAUUCCUUUUUGUUGCACUCUCUCUUUUUCAUUCCUUUUCGUUGCACUCUCUCUUUUUCAUUCCUUUUCGUUGCACUCUCUCUUUUUCAUUCCUUUUCGUUGCACUCUCUCUUUUUCAUUCCUUUUCUUUGGACUCUCUCUUAUUUCUUUUUGUUAA